UUCUCGUGUUGAAAAUUGACAUUUUUCAAACCUUUAGGCUAGAGCUCUACUUAUAUCUAGCUAUUCUAUUCUAGACUGUAUAAUGCCAUCACGGAGCAGCAGGCGCCGAGCCUCGCGGCAGAGGAGAUGGUCUCUCUGGUGUUUUGCAGGUGCUGAUGUGAAGGAGACCGUGGACAUGGGGACGCAGACGGAGUUCCCGACCGUGGAGGUGGCCACCCAGGCGGACGGACCCGAGACGGCAGAGGCGACCACUCAGGCAGGUUGGGUGACAGCCGAGGCCAGCACUCAGGCUGCUUGUGGAACGGCUGAGGCCGGGAUACAGGCAGUGAGAGUAAUGGCCGAAGCUGGAUGUCAAUCUGUCUGGGCAACCAGCGAGGCCUCUGUCCAGGCGGUUGCGGUAAUUGCUGAGGCUGACACCCAGGUGGACUCGACGGACGCGACCCCUUUGCUUGAUGCUGAGCUGCCAGGAGCAUCUGUCCAGAGGACAACUAGUGCUGUUCCAGACUCCGACUGGACAGUCCAGCACAUGUACCAGACGACAGCCUUUGAGUAUUCAGAGUUCUUCCGCAACGGCCAGAUGUGGGUGGAGGUGAAGCUCAGGUGUGAGGAGAGGCGUGAGGGCCCGUACCUCAGGCAGUACUGGUACCUCAUCAACAACUGUUCCCAAGAGACAGCAGAGGGAUUCCUGCCCUACGCUAACGGAGAGCUGCUCACUUGCAUUGAGUGGUACUGUGGGAGCAUCACUGCGGUGUACUCACACAUCCACACACAGAUGACCACAGUUAUGGACAUAGGAGGACUCCUGUACGGCGAGACAUCGACCAGCUGCAGGGGUCUGUCCAUGGACGCUGCUGGAACCUGGACUCGCCUGGAGAGGAUCGACACUCUGCGGAUGCCCCUGGACCAGUUCUUCACUCCUCAGCCAGACCCUGAUGACGACUCUGCUGGCCUCUUGGAAAUCGACUGGUAUCCUGGUGAUGACUCUCCUGGUCCUGAUCCUGACGCUGAUGGAUUCGGCGCUGAUGGUGACAACGCUGGAUUCGACAACGCUGCUGAUGCCGACGCUGGAUUCGACGCUGCUGAUGACGACACUGGAUUCGACGCUGCUGAUGACGAUGCUGGAUUCGACGCUGCUGAUGACGACGCUGGAUUCGACGCUGCUGAUGACGAUGCUGGAUUCGAUGCUGCUGAUGACGACGCUGGAUUCGACGCUGCCGAUGACGGCGCUGCUGAUGACGACGCUGCUGAUGACGACGCUGGAUUCGACGUUGCUGAUGACGAUGCUGGAUUCGACGCUGCUGAUGACAACGCUGGAUUCGACGCUGCUGAUGACGACGCUCGAUUCGACACUGCUGAUGACGACACUGGAUUCGACGCUGCUGAUGACGCCGUUGGAUUCGACGCUGCUGAUGACGACGCUCGAUUCGACGCUGCUGAUGACGACGCUGGAUUCGACGCUGCUGAUGACACCGUUGGAUUCGACACUGGAUUCAACGCUGCUGCUGAUGCUACUGCUGACAACUCUACGGCCCCUGGAUUUGACGAUGCUGCUGGUUGCUCUGGUGCUCUCUCUGCUGCUGCCUCCAUUGCUAGCCAGGUUCCCUCUGUGUACUACCUCUUCCAGUCCACCGGUCUGGGGGACUUCCCCCUGAGGCUUGCUGGACUGAGGGACGCCUUCGCUGUCUUGCUUGAGCAGCCAGAGACAGCCAACUUCAUCGCUGUGACAGGGUCCAUGCUUCUGAAGAACUUGGCCGCCCUCAAUGGAAAGGAUGCUGGGGCAACUCAGCAGGCCUUUGACGAGGUGGUGGCCUUCGCCCAGACACAGACUCCCACCAUCACCACUGAGCUCCUGGAGGUUGGGUCUAAGAUGAUGUAA